AUGCACCAUGUAUAGAGUAGUACAAAGUUUUAUGAAUGAGGAAGUAAAUUUUGAACAGUUUGACACCUAUAACAGGAGAGACGAGGUGGUUGUGGUAUACUAACAAGUAAAUAACGUAUACAAGUAAAUAACCAUGGGGUGUAUUCAAUCUAUUCGGAAUAUUGGUGCUGCCUAUGCCACUAAUAGUCCUCCUCCUACUUCUAGUACUGCUAAUGGUGAUGGAGGUAGUGUGAAAAAGAAGAGAACAUUACCGCCAGUACCUCCAGAAGAUAAAAAGAUCGUACGAGCAUUAUAUGAUUUUAAGGGUAUGAAUACAGAUGAUUUGCCAUUUAAAAAAGGUGACCGACUUGCACUUGAAAAAGAUGAUGGUGAACCCUCGGAUUGGUUAUUAGCAACUCAUAUGAAAACUAACAAGAAAGGCUACAUUCCCAGUAAUUAUGUUUGUAAUGAUGAUAAUUCUAUAGAGAGUCAAGAUUGGUGGUAUGAUUUUAAUAGAAGAGAGUCGGAUGGAAUGUUGAUGCGGGUUGGUCUUAAAAAAGGAACAUUUUUAGUCCGCUAUGCUACAGAUAGAUUAUCCCAUGUUUUAUCGGUCCGUGAUGAAGAUGAUGAAGGAGAACCGUGUAACAAACAUUACAGAAUAAAAAAGAUGGAUAAUGGAGGGUGUUAUAUAAGUCCAAAACGUACUUUUAACUCAAUGAUGGAGCUCAUUGAAAAUUACCAAUCAAAUUCAGACGGUUUAUGUUGUUUAUUAACUGAUCCUUGUCCUAAAGACAGACCAGCUUGUUUACCAUUCAGACAACUUGAAGUUAAACGAAGUGCCAUUAAAUUAGAAAAUAAAGUUGGAGCUGGGUAUUUUGGUGAAGUUUGGAAAGGCCAAUUUAGAAAUGCUAUAACCGUCGCUGUAAAAACCCUAAAAACAGGUACCAUGUCAAGUGAAAGUUUUCUGGAAGAAGCUAAAGUGAUGCAUCGGUUGUUUCAUCGUAGAUUAGUAAACAUUUUAGCCGUUUGUUCCGAUUCCGAUCCUCUAUUGAUCGUCACCGAGUUUAUGCCUAAUGGUUCUCUCUUACAUUAUUUACGAAGUGACGAAGGAAAAAGGUUACAGUUCUCAGCUAUUAUAGAUAUGGCAUCACAGAUUGCUGAAGGAAUGGCGUUUUUAGAAUUGAAGAGUUUUAUUCAUCGUGAUUUAAGAGCUGAUAAUAUAUUGGUAGGCAAAAACCUUGAAGUAAAAGUAGCCGAUUUUGGUUUGGCUCGAUUAAUAGAGGACAAUGCCAUAUACUCGGCUUCUGAAAAUACAAAGUUUCCAAUCAAAUGGACGGCGCCGGAAGCAGGUUUAUACCGUCAGUUUAGCGUCAAAUCAGAUGUCUGGUCAUUUGGUAUACUAUUGUAUGAAUUAAUCACUUUUGGUCGCCAGCUAUAUAUAGGCAUGGGUGGUAACGAGGUUUUAACUAAGGUUGAACAAGGCUACAGACUUCCGAAACCAAAAACAAAUGAGAUGUCAUUAGAAUGCCCCCAAGAUUAUUAUAAUAUUAUGUUAUCCUGUUGGAAGAAAAAACCAGCAGAGCGACCAACAUUUCAAUUUCUGUUUGAUUUGUUUUCUGAUUACGAGAAUGCUACAGAGAAUGGUUACCAGGAUCCAUCGACAGAUAUCAGAUAAACUUCUCUUAUACAUGUCACACAACUGGUUCAAGUGUUAGUUACAAAUACAUUGUUAAAAUAUGUAAAUAUCACCUGGGCCCUUAUUCAUGAAAACUUAAACUAAGAUACAAUCGAAAUUUUAAGAAAUACUGCAAUUCCAUUGGCUGACCAGUAAAAUCAAUUUGCAUAUAUCCAAUGAAGUUGCAGUAUUUCUUAAAAUUUCGGUUGUAACUUAGUUUAAGUUUUUGUGAAUAAGGGCCCAGAUGUUAAAUUGUAUGAUAGAUUUAUUUAUAUAUUAUGUUUAGAAUACAAGUUACAGAAAAGUUACAAACUGAGAUUUUAAUAUUGUUGUAUUCUCUAUAUCAGUUUUAUCACAGUUUACAUACAGUCUCUUUAUCAGUUUUGGCUGACCGAUUGACCAAACUGAUUAAAACACAGAUCCUAUUUCGUUUCGUUUUUUAUAGUUCAAAAUUUCGUUUUACUUGUCUUUACUACACUAGGAUCUGGAACAGUUGUUAUAUAACCCGUGUUCUAAUUGAUGUGAGGGAUUAGCCAAUGAAACAGUCUGUUACGGCGAGUUUUUGGCAUGAGGUGCACAGAAUUGUGAGUAACCCACUAAAAACAUCAACGCUGAUUGGUUAAUCAAAUAUCUGACAUCGUAGGGUCAAAAGCCACUCAUAUGACCUCUGAUGCGACCUUCCACUAGAACUGGUCAGAUCUUCAUGUAGUGUAGGUCAUCGAAAGUAUAAAAAAAAAACCGAAACGAAAUAUAGAUCUGUAUUGUAAUCAGAUUGAUGGUUGACACAAUUAUAUGGAAUAGAAGUUACUUAAAAUUUUAUUUCUGGCAAUGUUUCGAUAAAGGUUCUCUUUUCUUUAUCACAUGCCUUAAUAAUAUAUAUUGAAAGAAUUUGAAUUUUAAAGUGAGAGGCCUGGUCCAAAUCGAUAAUACCAUAUUGUAGUUAGUUUAAUUGUAAAUAGAAUGACAGGCUGAUUUGUAUCCAGAUAGUUUUAAUAUCAACCAAACCAGCAAUCUCCCUAAUAAAAAACCCUUGGUUUCAAAUUAGAAUAUUUAAAAAAUAAUCUAGUAUUAAUUUUUUUUAUUAUUUAUUAUUAUUCAUAUAUUAAGCUUUUAAAAAAAUUGCUGUAUAUAUCAAAUUAUGAGUAGGUCUUUAAUUUAUCAUGGCCUGUGAUAAGGGGUCAACAAGCCACAUGGCCUGUGAUAAGGGGUCAACAAGCCACAUGGCCUGUGAUAAGGGUCAGCCAGCCACAUGGCCUGUGAUAAGGGGUCAGCAAACCACAGUCAACAAGCCACAUGGCCUGUGCAAAGGGGUAAACAAGCCACGUGCCCUCUUUCAUCUGUAAAUUCAAUAGUAGUUUUAUAGUUAAAUUAUCGAUUUAUGUGUGAUUGUGCGUCAGGGGCUGAAAUGAUUCACAAAUAUCUUAAAUCAACAGAUAAUAUAAUUAAUUUAAGGAGCAAUAGUCCAUCCAGACUCAAGGGAGAGAGAAAUGGGGUUUAAUGUCCACUCGACACAAACCAGCUGACUCAGCUGAUGCAGCGCGCACAAGCUAAUCAUUCGGCCAUCUUCCUUUGUAUUUAACAAUUUUUUUUUAUUUUGGAGAAAUAUUUUUAGAGAAAUGUUAUGCAAGAUUUAUAUUUGGAAAUUUGUAUUUGGAAAUUUGUAUUUGGAAAUUUGUUGUCCCAGAUUUGUUUUUCAUUGUAUGUCUCUGAUGAAAUGUAAAUGUAGGCCAAUUUUUUGAUUUUCUAAAAUAAAUUUUAUCUUUAUAUUAAAGUUACAUUAUGUAAGAUUUAGGUAAAGAGUUAACCAUUCUUGCUAUAAUAGCUAAAAAAUAAAUAAUGAAAAAUGAUAUAAUAUUGAACAUUUCAUUCAAAUUACUUCAUUCUCAGCCAAGUUAUCACUGUUUCUAAUUUUGACAAGAUGUGUGUAUUGUGGUAACCAGGGCACUGGUAUAUUCGAGUCUUAGCCCCGCUUUCCCAUUUUUAAAUUAAUCGAGAGUUGAUUAUGGUCUUCUUUUGUUUAUAAAUGCCUAAUUAAUAGUUUAUAUAACAUAACGUUUACUCUCAUUCCAUUUCAUUUCAUUUCAUUUCAUCUCAUUUCAUAAAGAGAGAGAAAUGGGGUUUAACGUCCACUUGACACAAACUAGGUAAUUUUGGGACUAACAUAUGGUUUAAUUUUAUUUCAACAAUUCGCUUGCGCGUAGGACCCAGAGAAAACCCACGAGGUUGGACAGGCGACCCUACUCCUUGCCACGUACAACCGGGGAUUCGAAACCACGCCAGUUGACUCAAUGACAGGCCUUAUGAUAAAGCAUGCACGUGCUAACCAUUCGACCAUCCAACCCCCAUUUCAUAAAGACCUUGGUCCAUAAGUAUCAAUUUUACAGUGUUAUUAAUGUUUAUUUCUGUACAGUAUUUGUUUUUAUAGGAAUUAUAUUUAUAAUACACAACUUACGUCUUUCAUAUAUUCCAUGCUAUUUUUAGUGUCCAGUCAUCAACAACGGUAGUAAUAGUCAUCAUCCCUCACUGUAAACAUCAUCAUCUUAUCAUCAUCAUUAUUGUCAGUGCCGUAUUAUCCUAAAGGCUGACUAGGCUGAAACCAAGGGGUCCCAUCAAAUGCAGGGAACUUGGCAACCUUUUUUUUCUUCUAGUGUCCAAUAUUAAUUAAAGGUUCUUUGUUCCUCCAAUUAUUACUUCGUUUGUAAUAAAAGGAAGUUUGAAACCUAAGGGCCACACCAUCAUGUAGAACGCUAGAUCAGAGACAGUCCUGCAUAUAUAAUGUCAUAGGUGGAUUGUAAGUUAGGCUAAGGGUUAGGCUUGGGUUAGGGUUAGCGCUAUCCCUGUUUACAUCUCAAGACUUUGACAAAAUCUGCCGGUUUUUUACCCUCUCAUAUGAUGUCAUAUGUGCUAGUGUUCUCCGAAUAUUGUUCAUUGCUCAUCAUGAUGUCAUAACACCACCAUCAUGAUGUCAUAGCACCACCGUGAUUUGUAUAAAUUUAUCUAGUUUUGUUAUAUUUUUGAUAUUGUAUUAAUAAAAGAUAAUUAGAAAUAUUUUCA